AUCUUUCAGCACUGAGACAGACGCAGGCUGAGCAGCGAUGUCUCCUGGCUCGGUGGCAUUGUGCCUCCUGCUCAUGCAGACUGGAGUUUACGGGUUCAACAUUGAGCUCGAUCUGGAGUUCAUCAUUGAUUUACUUUUCAGUAAAGCAGCCAAUCAAAAGCAUGAAGACAUCACUCAGAGAGCGAUCUUAAAUACCACCCUGCAGGCGUGUCGUGCUCUGGCCCUGGCUGAUGGAAAAGACUUCAGUUUUCCUUCUCAGCCUUUUACAGUUGAGUCUGUUGCUGCUGCCUGUCGAGCCCCAAAGUCAUCCAAGAGAUUCCACCAAAGCAUCAAAUUCAUCCAGCGAAUGAAUCGGCUCGUAGACUCUUCUCACACUUCUGACCCCGAAUACCAUUUUGACAAUGAAAAGUUUACAGAGGGAAGGAGAAUCAUCACAAGAGGACUGGAAAUUAUAAAGGCCAGCAACAAGGAAAUGAACUUUGAGGCAGCAAGAGAAAGACUUGGAGAGAUCACACACCCUCUACAGGAUUUCUACACUCACAGUAACUGGGUGGAACUGGGAAACACUCUCCCAAACACCAAUCUGAUCAAAUCAGGCACCAGCAUUGGUAACAUAGCAGCUUUAAGCAGAGCAACCUGUCGCAGCUGUGAUGGAGAUGACUGCACCAACAACAUUUUGGAGGAUAUCAAACAGGAAAACAUACUUACCUCCGGAUAUUUUGGUUCUAGCAAACCAGAAGGAAAAUGCAGCCAUGGAGGAUUUUUUGAUAAAUCAAAAAAAAUCGAGCCUACAGGUGGGAUCAACAAAGAUAAGAUGAGUGCUGAGCAUGGACAUCUUCACACAGCAGCAGCAAACAUGGCGGCAGCUGCAACCAGCGAGCUGCUGGAGGACAUUCGAGGGGCUGCUGGUGACAAAACUUUCUUACAGAUGAUGGGAAUGUCCGGAAAAGCUCUUUGUUUUGCGAUCGACACAACAGGAAGCAUGAGUGACGACAUUGCAGCAGUGAGGACCGUCACUUCCUCUAUAAUCAACAGCAAAGUGGGAACAGAAGAUGAGCCCUCACUUUAUAUUCUCGUACCUUUCAAUGAUCCAGAUUUUGGGCCGCUGAUGAGGACUACAGACCCAAACAAAUUCAAGAACGCUAUAAAUUCACUAUCAGCAACAGGUGGAAGAGAUGCUCCUGAACUGAGUCUGUCAGGGCUGCAGCUGGCUUUAACUGGCGCUCCUCCUAAUUCUGAGAUCUUCCUCUUCACUGAUGCAGCUGCUAAAGACAGUCGGCUGAGAAGCACAGUGAAUGCACUCAUAGAGCGCACCAAGACAGUGGUGAACUUCAUGAUUACAGGUGGAGGGCUAUUUCGUCGCAGAAGGCAGAUAGGUAACGAUCAACAACAGCAACAGAGUCGGUUAUCAGCAUCAGAACUUCAGCUUUACAGAGACCUGGCUCAGACUUCAGGGGGUCAGAGUAUUGAAGUCACAAAGAGUGAGCUCCCUGAGGCCGUCAGCAUCAUUACAGAGUCAUCCAGCUCCUCUCUGGUGACCCUCCUGCAGGCAGCUAGGACUCCAGGAAAGGCUGAAAAUUUCACCUUCACGGUUGAUGAGUCAGUAAAAAACCUCACACUUUACAUCACUGGGACAUCAGUCACCUUUACUCUCAUCAGUCCAUCAGGUGUCUCUCAGCAAAGCACCGACACGACAGGAUCACUGAUCACUGCAUCCCAGACAGUGGGGAAUUUCAAGACUCUGAAGCUAAAAUCAGAAGUGGGACUGUGGGAAAUGAAAAUGGUGUCAACAAACCCCUACACUUUGAAGGUUGUAGGUGAGAGUUCCAUCGAUUUCCUGUUUGACUUUUUGGAAGCAUCCGAGGGCCUGUUUGGAGGUUUUGAUGUCAUAGACCAUCGACCCAGAGCUGGUUCUAAUGGUACUCUGUUAUUGACCGUCACCGGGAGUACCUCCGCCAAUGUGACAGAAGUGGUUCUGGUUGAAUCAUCAGGGUCAGGAAAUGUCAAUGGCAAUGUGACAGCUGUAGGUGGAGGAGACUACUUGGUACAGUUUAGCAGGGUACCAUCAGAGGAGUUUGUGGUGCUCAUGAGGGGGCAGAAUAGUGACGGUUCCUCCAGAUCCUCGGGGACGUUCCAGAGGCAGUCAACCAGCAGCAUCAAAGCAUCGACUGUCACUGUCACUGUUGCUGAUACAAAUCGCGUCUUUGCACCAGGAGAAACAUUUUCACUUCCCUUCUCUGUGAAGACCAGCGGUGCAGGAGGAAACUUCACUAUCCGAGCUACUAAUGACCGAGGGUUUACAUCAACGUUCCCAUCCAGUUUAGUCCUGGACACUGGAGGCAGUGCUAACGGUACAGUGAACCUCACAGCACCUGUUACCACUACGUCUGGUACCGACGUCACCCUGACCAUCGAGGCUGAAUCUCCAGGUGGAGCAGACACCAACUACCUUGUGCUGCGUCUCGCUGUCCUUAAAACGGUGACUGAUUUCACUGAGCCCAUGUGUGAGCUGCUCAGCCGGCAGUCCAACUGCACUGAAAACAGCAGCUUGUCCACAUGGACGGUCUCCGUUCAGGUGACUGAUGGGGCUAACGGGACAGGUAUCGACCGUGUUAGCCUCAGACAGGGCAAUGGCACCAUGAACACCAGCCUGGCUGCUGGCAACGAGAACAUAACGCUGGUGUCCUACACUGCAUCUUGCAGUUCCCCUAUUGUGGAGCUGCUGGUUGUUGAUGGGGUGGGUAAUGUUGGCUCCUGUUCCUACCGGUCUUUGUCAACCAAAGUUGUUCAAUCUUUUCUUCUUUGCCUUGGAAUCACGAUCCUUGGGCUAAUUUUACCGUUUGAGAUGGGAAUCAACUGAAUGUUGACGUAUUAAUGUUGGGAAGAUUUAGAAGCUCUCAUGACUUUGGGAAAACAAAUAUUUCCUCAGUUGCCAGUUUAUUGGGUAAAUAUAACUUUAAAUAAUGCAGUCUUAUACAACAGCACUGCAGUAAACCCUAUGAAUUAGUUUGCUGGAGCUGAAAGUGUACUGUGGCAAAGCCUUAAAGUGGAACUCCUCCAAUUUCCCACAUUAACAGGUAUUUACAUGUCUUAGAGAAGUAUAAGUCCUUUUGUGGCACCAGAAGAAGUUGCCUGUAAUCAUUUUCUCCAGUGGUGUCACUCAGUCUCUAAGUUGCAUUGUGGGUAAUGUGGGCACCAAGUUUUGAAAAUGAAGAAGAAUGUAGAGAAUAAAAAAGGUGAUAUCUCUAGUUCUGGUUCAGUUUGAAUCAUUUGUUUUAAAACCUGGCUCCUACAUUACCAACAAUGCAACUUCAUCAUCACUGAGCGGCGUCACUGCAGGCAACUUGUCAGAUUUCAGUCAGCUGUAAAAUCUUUAAGCUAUGAAAUGUGAACUGCAUGUAUUUUAUGUAUCGUAGGGUGAUUGAUGUCAUUAUCAAACUUACUUUAAAAGCAGAAUGGGACUGUGAUUAUGUCGUGAUUAAGACAUGUCAGUUUGAUUAUUGUACGUAAAUCAAGAUACAAUCAAGGUUCUCUGAUAUUAAGUUGUGUACUGCUGUAGUUGAUUGAAUUGUUAAAUGUUUUUAAUCAUUUAGACGGGCAUGUGUGACAAUUUUCAGCUAUUAACAUGCACACAUUUUUUUUUUCUAUUUACCAUAUGUGAGAGGGUUGUAUCAUGAUGUGAUCCACUGGACGUCUCUUUUCCGUGUCUCAGGACAGAUUUUCCACAACAGUUGAAAGUAUGUGGCUUUGUAGAAUCUGACAGGUGUUGAUGCAGAAGAUCCCCAGAGACUGUUUUAAAAUACAUACAUUUAAUGCAUUUGAUUUGAGGCUUGCUUCAAUAAAGCUUAAAAAAAAAAAGUUAUGUCCGCUCAGUGUAUUUUUGGGAGUAAGGUGACCUCGCAGUGCCAC